AUGCUUUCCUCCAAGGCCUAUACCCUGCGACGGGCAGGUGGUCUCGCCGGAAAUCUCGCAAAACGAUAUGCCCGUCCCAACUUGACAGCAUUGGCUCGACAGCCUCGACAUGAACGACUCUAUGCUGCCGGUUCAUUCGCAACUUCGUCAGACUAUCUCGACCACCUGUAUACUGCAUGGCGUCAAGACCCGACCUCAGUUCAUAGCUCGUGGCAAGAAUAUUUUCACGCGAUCGAGCGUGGUUUGCCCACAAAAGAACCUGUCAUUCUACACAAUCAAGUGCCUUUCUCAUCGGAUAUCUCACUGUCUUCAAGCUCGACACAGUCAAAAGUGCCAUCCCAGGCAGCAGUUCAAUUCAAGGCUGAGCGCUUGGUGCUAGCAUAUCAGGAGCUUGGGCACAAGAAGGCGAAGACCAACCCUCUCGAUCUCCCGAGCGAGCAAGACUUACGCCUUGAUGAGCUUAACCCUGAUUUUUACGGUUUGACGGAAGCCGACAUGGAUACGGAGAUCAGUCUUGGUCCAGAGCUAUUUCCGCAUUUCAUCUCGAAGAAUGUAUCUACAAUGACUCUCCGUGAAGUUAUCACGGCCUGCGAGAGGCUCUGCUGCGGAUCCAUCGGGGCUGAAUACCUUCAUGUGGCUACUCGCGAGGAACGCGAAUGGAUUCGAGAACGUCUAGAAUUGCCUGUUCCGUUUCAAUUUGACCCAGAAGAAAAGAAGCGGAUUCUUGACCGACUUAUAUGGACCACUACUUUCGAAAAAUUCAUGUCCGCGAAAUUUCCCAACGCCAAACGUUUCAGCAUCGAGGGAGUUGAGAGUCAAAUUCCAGCCUUGAAAGCCAUUAUUGAUGCAAGUGCAGAGAAUGGGGUCAGAGAAAUUAUCUUCCCUUCCUGCCACCGUGGAAAGCUCAAUGUACUCAGCAAUGUCACACGGAAGCCAAACGAAUUGAUCUUCAGCGAAUUUUCUGCAGACUCGAAAUCUCGUCAUCAAAUCUCCGGCGAUGUCAAGUACCACCUGGGAAUGAACUAUGAGCGCGAAACGCCAUCCGGGAAGAAAGUACAUGUUUCCAUUUUGCCCAAUCCAUCUCACUUAGAGUCUCAGAAUACACUCGGCCAGGGUAUGGCCCGAGCUGUGCAGCAUCAGAAUGGGGGUGACCGGAGAUCUACCAUGGUCUUGAAUAGUCACACGGACGCUUCAUUCUCGGGGCAAGGUGUGAUAUAUGAGACCAUGGGCCUUUCAGGGCUGAAGGCGUACGAGACCGGUGGAACUGUCCAUUUGAUAAUCAAUAAUCAGGUCGGAUUCACUACCAAUCCAGAAUCAGCUCGAGCAUCUCCAUAUGCCUCGGACAUUGCAAAGACUAUCAAUGCCCCAAUUUUCCAUGUCAAUGCGGAUGACGUUGAAGCAGUGGUAUUCCUCGGUAAGCUAGCUGCUGAUUAUCGUGCCAAGUUUGGCAAGGACUGCUGGGUGGAUAUGAUAUGCUACCGAAAGCAUGGUCAUAACGAAAUGGAUCAGCCUUUCUUCACCCAGCCAAAGAUGUAUGAGCAAAUUGAGAAGAAAGUCCCUCAAUUAGAGCUCUAUGUCAAUAAGCUGCUUCAAGAAGGCGUUGUGACUCGUGAAGAGGUCGAUGAGAUGGAAACAAGGGUAUGGGGAGAGAUGUCCAAGAGCCUGAAAAACAGCAAGAAUCCACAGGCACUGGACCGCGAGUAUCUCACCACGCCAUGGAAUGGUAUGAAAACACCGGCUGAAGUGGCUCAGGAAAUUAUUCCUGCAAAGACAACAGCGAUUACUCGGGAUGUUGUCAAUAUCUUGGCUAGAAAACUGGGCGUUCCCGAGGAGCCUUUCCAAGUGCAUAAGAGCCUGAAACGGAUCCUUCAAAGGCGUCAACAAAGCCUGCUUGAAGGCCAUGAUAUUGACUGGGCCACAGCCGAAGCGUUGGCGAUGGGAAGCCUGUGCUUAGAAGGACAUCAUGUUCGCGUUUCUGGUCAGGAUGUGGAACGAGGAACUUUCUCCCAGCGUCAUGCCAACCUGCAUGACCAACGCACCGGCGCAACUUACAUGCCAUUAAAUGAUCUUAGUCCUGAGCAAGCUGAGUUCACGAUCGGCAAUUCAUCAUUGAGCGAAUAUGGUGUCAUGGGAUUUGACUACGGUUACUCGUGCAUGUACCCGAACGCCUUGGUGAUGUGGGAGGCGCAAUUUGGAGAUUUCGCUAACAACGCCCAAUGUAUCAUCGACCAAUUUAUCUCGUCUGCUGAGAACAAGUGGCUCAUGAGAUCUGGCCUUGUGUUGUCGUUGCCUCAUGGAUUUGAUGGACAAGGUCCCGAACAUUCCUCUGCGCGGAUGGAACGCUUCUUGCAACUGUGUGGCGAGGAUGGCCGGUUCUUCCCGACAGCACAGCAGCUUGAGAGACAGCAUCAAGAUGCUAAUAUGCAGGUGGUUUACAUGACCACCCCCGCGAAUCUGUUCCAUGUGCUACGCCGGCAGAUACACCGAGACUUCCGCAAACCAUUAAUUCUAUUGUUCUCGAAAUCACUUCUGCGUCAUCCCUCAGUCGAAUCAAACAUUGGGGAUUUCAUAGGAGAAUCCCGCUUCCAGCCUCUCCUUGCGGAUCCAGCUCACGGUACUUCGAUUGCGGAGCCUUCCGAGAUCAAGCGAGUUAUCUAUUGCUCGGGGCAAGUAUACUUUGCACUGGACAAGUAUCGCGAGACACAUGGUAUUACAGACACUGCCAUCACCCGAGUUGAGCAGCUGCAUCCUUUUCCUUGGGGACAAGCCAGGGACAACCUUAAGCAGUAUCCGAAUGCCUCAGACGUUGUUUGGUGUCAGGAGGAAUCGUUGAAUGAUGGACCGUGGUCAUUUGCCAAAACUCGUAUGGAGACUAUCUUCGACACAAUGGAUCAGCACAAGGGCCGUCGGUUGCGAUUCGCUGGUCGUGAAGCAACCCCAAGUGUUGCAACUGGUUUUGCCAAAGAGCAUCGCGCACAGGAGGAGGCAUUGCUGCGAGAGGCAUUUGAACAUUCGUGA